AUGGCUAGGACGGCCACCGCUGACAUUCGAGAAAGUUUAUGUUUCAAUCUGGUUUACAAGAACUGUGACUACCAAAUGGAGCGUUACAUUUUCAAACGCCGUCAAGACGGUAUUUAUAUUAUUAAUCUUGGAAAGACUUGGGAGAAACUUCAACUAGCUGCUAGGGUCAUUGUUGCAAUUGAGAACGCUAAGGAUAUUAUUGUCCAAUCUGCAAGGCCUUAUGGACAGAGAGUUGUUCUCAAGUUUGCUCAGUACACUGGAGCUAAUGCCAUUGCUGGAAGGCAUACUCCCGGAACUUUCACCAAUCAGCUUCAGACUUCAUUCAGGGAGCCUCGUCUUCUCAUCCUCACCGAUCCAAGAACUGAUCAUCAGGUGAUAAAUCUUCAACUGAUUGGGACAAUGCAUGGUCAAACUUUAAGAAGGAAGGGAAAAAAACUCUCUUCUCAAAUUUUUCUCCAAAUAAGUAUGUAAGCUGGAAUCCCAGGCGUUCAGAUUUCCCACUUUCUGAAGAGGUUGAUCCUAUCAAGAGAACAGAGAGAUCAAACCUCAAGUUUUGGAAUAGUCCUACUUUUACUCUAGGUGGAGCACUUAUAAUUCUCAUAUUUCUUUUGUUGUACACUCUAAGAUCCAUUAUUUUGU